AUGCAAGCUCAACAAUGGCAUUGCUACGAUUUUUUCGCGACAUGCAAGCUCAACAAUGAUGAGGUGCUCAUGGCUAAUUGGAAGGAUGUGGAUCAGAUCUUUGUUGUUGAUAUUGUAUGCUUAGCAAAUGAGAGGGCCAGCCCGGAGCCGGAAGAGACCGUCGUCAUCGUCGUCGUCGUCGGCUACGGUUCGGUGUCGGCUCGUCAUCGUCGUCGUCGUCGGCUCGUCGUCAUCGGCUCGUCGAGUGCAGAGGCGAGACGAGAGCGGGGGAGGCUCGUCGGUGGUGGUUUUCGAGAGUGCUGUGGGAAAGCUCUUGUUUUGAUUCUAGAGCAUGCUGAAGUUGAUGUUGUUUUUGUCCAAGAUAAGAACAUGAAAGAAAUUCUAUCUGCCGAUUGCAAAUCUGCUCAGCGACUGAAAUCGAUUGUUUCAUUUGCUUCAACAACAAGGGAACAGAUUGAUGCUGCCACUAACUCUGGAGUGAAAGUGCAUUCCUGGAAUGAAUUCCUCCAGAUGGUUAGUCUCUUGAGAUUUUGUCUACACAUAUUAACUAUAUCUAGCAAUCAAGAAAUCAUCUUGGUGGCCCUUCUUACUACCAAAACUGAGAGAAAGUUACUGUAAAGCUUCCUAACAUCUUGGUUAGUCUCUUUAUCCUUUUUGAUGCAGCAUUGUAGGCAUGCCUUCUUUUUCUUAUAUUAUAGGUUGUUUUGCUUGUU